AUUAGUGAUAAUUUUUCUAACCUGACUGCUGCAACACGUUACACAUAUCAGAUCAAAGGUGCAAGUGGACUACAUUGUGAUCAAAUCAAAGAUGGAGGAGAUUGUUUUGGAACCAAAAGAUGCAGUUGAUUGGUCAUAUAGAGGCGAAGGAGCUGUUAAUUUGGUUCUUGCUUACACUGGAUCUUCUCCCUCUUUCUUGGGAAAGAUGAUGAGGAUACAAAAAAUGCCAAAGGAUGGGAAUGAAAAUGGAGACAAAAGUGAAAAUGGUCUUACUACUCAUGAAAAGCUUAUUUGGGGAGACGUUAAGGAUCUUGUAUCUUGCAAGAACAAGGAGAUUGAAGAGUAUUUGUUUGUCAAACAUGUCAUGAGACCUUUGUUGGGUCGUAAACAUGUCAAUCCUGGAAUACUUCUUCUUGUAGCAAAGGAAUUUCUUGAAUCUGUUGAGAAAAUUAUAACAUCUCAACGUCCUUCUUGGCGAGCUGAUGUAGCUAGUGUGGAUACUAACCGCAGUUCUGUGCUUCUCAUGGAUGAUUUGACGCUUUUCGCCCACGGUCAUGUUGAGGAUAAACCAUGCUUAAGUGUUGAAAUAAAGCCCAAAUGUGGAUUCCUUCCAUCUUCAAGUUUCAUAGCAGAAGAAAACGUUAUUAAGAAGAGUAUAACUCGUUUCGAAAUGCACCAAGUUCUCAAGCUUAGGGAAAACGAGAUCUCAGAAAUCAGUGAAUAUGAUCCUUUAGACCUUUUCUCUGGAUCCAAAGAAAGAAUACUCGAAGCUAUAAAAGCGCUCUACACGACUCCUCAGAACAAUUUUCGUGUGUUUUUGAAUGGUUCUCUAGUAUUUGGAGGCUUAGGUGGUGGCAUAUGCAAAACAACCUCAAAGGUUGAACUAGCUUUUGAGCAUAUACUCAAAGAUAUCAUCAAGACCGAUGAUGGUUUACGUGCAGAUCGUUUCAUAGAGCUUGUAGCAGAAACUGUUUACACAUCCGGAGUUCUAGAUCAGCUUCUAGACGUACAAAAGCUCGAUAGAUAUAACAUCGAGGGAGCGAUUCACGUGUACUAUGACUUCAUUGACCAGCCAUGUAAAGUGUGCAGAGAGUUGAAUCAAUUUAGCUCUAUGCACUCAAUUCCAAUGGACGAAAAAGUGAAUAUUUUGAAGGAAUUUCUAAUAUCUGCCACUGCAAAGGAUUGUAGUGUAAUGAUAAGUUUUAGAUCUACGGAAGCUGGGCUCUCAAAAUCCUCUUCCCAUAGUAAUCUUCACCUUGAAACAACAAAGCAAGAGUUUGAAUACAAGGUACAUUUCAUUGAUCUUGAUAUGAGACCUUUGAAGAAAAUGGAAGUCUAUUACGAGUUAGACAAGAAGAUCAUGAACACAUACUUGGAGAUGUUAAAGAAGAAAGGAACUCAACCUCAAUGCUUGUAG